UCACAGAAUUUAAAAGAGAGAUCUGCUUUAAAUAUAUUCGCUUGAUGUGAUCAUAAAAAAAAUCAUUCAAGUUUUCUGUUUUGUUGUAAAUGUUUUAAAUUGCGCAUUUGGUUUCGGAAUUCAUUUCCAAGUGAUAUCGUUGAUAUUUUGAUCUCUAAAUUUUGGUUGUCAUCUAUACAAUGGCCUUUACAAUGUUGACCUCUUGCUGUGGUCUCACUUUGAGAACAGGCGGAUUGAUUGUUGGAUUUUUUCAUUUAUUUGUAGCGGCAUUUUUCUUCAUGUCAUUUUCCUACUAUUUGCCAUUUUUAUUGACAACUAUUUUGAUGUUUACCCUCAUUUUUUCAGUACUAUGGAUCUAUGGAAUUCAUAGUAAUGACAUAGAAUUCAUGUACUUGCCUCUUGUAUGGACAAAAUGUUUGGUUAUACUUAGUUUACUUAAUUUUAUUGCGUAUGCUUGGCUCGCACUUGUACAUUUUCUAUUUGCCGGAUAUUAUGUGCAGCCAGAUUUUUCGAUCAAUUUUUACUUUGCGUUCAUUAGUAUUUGUAUCACAGUUAUUGAAUGGUUUGUGGCAUCUUUGAUGAAUUCAUUGUACAAAAUAAUGAAAGAUGAGCAACGCACACAAUGUACAUAUAAUCAGCAUGCAAAUGCAAAUGAAGAAUCGGUCUUUUUAAAAAAUAACUGGAUACGACUUCAUCUCGAAGGUCCUUUGGUGUUUAUGGAAAAAUUCGUUCAAAAAAUAAAUGAAAUAGUUGACUUUAAAUUGAUUACAUUUGAUGCACCAUCGAACCAAGACGAUCUACCAUCGAACCAAGAAGACUUACCACCAUCGUAUGAUGCAAUAUGGAAUGAUUAUAGCACUUUAAUCGUACUAAAUGACACAGAAAAUGUAAAUCUCAUAACAAAUCAACCAAAUAUACAAAACGUUUGAACAAUUAAAUGUUAGUAAUAUACACGAAA